CAAACGCUUGCUCCGCUCACGGUUCGCGAUUUGCGCUCUUGCUCUUGCUCAUGUGUGAUGCAGGCUCUCCAGGGCAUCGGUUGAAGGCUAAAAAACGGUGCUGCGGCGGUUCUGGGACGGCUGUGAUGGCUUUCCAGAAAAGUCCGAACCUUCUGAACCGCUUGGCAGGCGUAUUCCAUAAGGAGCCAAGAGAUGGCAAGGGUCCGGCAACUAUCCACUCAGACAGCACGAGUCUCCCUUUGGGCGAUAUGUCGGGCUCUUGUGCGUUUCCAUGCCCGCCACACCUCACGAUAGCAACAAAGACUCAUUUGAUAUCGUCAUCAGCCUCAGCGCAACACUCGCCGGCGUAUGCGGCAGGCUUGCAUGCGAUGGGCGCUCCCGACUCUCCAAUUUCGGGCACCGCGAGUCCCUGUGCGCCUCCUCAAGCGGCGUCAAAGUUGCGUGCUCACUUGUCGGCUGCGAGCGAUAACUACCUGCUGCGUCGCGCCGUGGCGCCGGGUGCUCAGGGGCAGCACGUAGGGCAACUCGGCGUACCGCUCCACUCGCUCUCCACAGAUUUUGGCGGAUCGGACUCUCCCGUGGGCCACCCACAUGGCCCACCGCACCAGAGCCUGUUCAAGCACACGGUCACCGCGGACCUGGGCUCGCCGUACGCCGGCGGCGCGGCUUCCGCCAGCGCCUUCCCCACGCCGCCAGCCCAUGCGCGCAGCUGCUCACAGCUCCACCUCCAGGCGCCGUCCUCCCCUGGCUCACCUCUGACGCUGCCCCACAUCCACGCACACUCGCAGCAGCCCAACCCGGUGCAGCACCAGCACCCCCACCACUACCCGCACCACCACCACCACCACACCCACAGCCAGGGCGCCAGCAAGCUGUUUGACUGCGUGUCGGCACCGCAGCCCGACGUCCUGACAGACCGGACCAGUCCCGUGGGACCGCCCGGAGACCUGGUGCCGCAACCGCAGCAGCCCUCAGCCCCCACGUUCGUGCGCACCAGCAGCCCCUCGGGGGCGGCGGCGCCCCCCGGCGGCUCCCUGCUCCUGGCCACCGCCGCCAACAUCCCGCCGGCCAUGCGCCGCACGCACUGGAGCCUGGGCGACUACGAGGUCACGCGCCGCAUAUACAAGGGCGCUACGUCGGCCGUAUACCAGGCGACCUGCCUGCGCUCCGGCCUGCCAGUGGCUCUCAAGGUGUAUUUCCUGAACAAGGUCCCGCCCAACGCCAUGCACAUGAUUGCGCGCGAGAUCACGAUCCAUGCUGACGUGGCUCACAAGCACAUCGCCAUGCUAUACGGCGCCUUCCAAGAGGAGGGCCGCCUGGUGCUGGUGCAGGAGUACGCGGCGCGCGGCGACCUGUACGGCAUCUACCGCGCCCUGCGCCGCCGCAUGACCGAGGAGCAAGUCACGGAGCUGGUGAUGGUGCCCUUCCUGGAGGCGCUGAGCUACCUACACUCGCGCGGCGUGUGCCAUCGCGAUGUCAAGCCCGAGAACCUGCUGUACACGCAAGACUGGAAGCUGCUCAUUGCCGACUUCGGCGUGUCCAUCAAUCUGAACCAGGAGCGUGCGGUGACCCGCGCCGGAACACUGGACUACAUGGCCCCCGAGGUGGAGCGCUGCCCCAUCAAGUACCAGCCCCAAGACAACAAGGACGUGCCCGGCCUCGCCUACGGCACCGCCGUCGACAUCUGGGCCACAGGUGUCCUGGCCUACGAGCUGCUGGUGGGCUUCCCGCCCUUCGUCACCGACAACGGCGGCCAGGCGACGCAAGCGCCGCAGGCGGGCGCGGGCGCCGGCGCGGGUGCCGAGUUCUUGGCACAGUGCACGCGCAAGACGCUGAGCUUCCCUGCGUCCAUGUCUGCCGGGGCUCGCGAGUUCAUCAGCUUGGCGCUGGCCGAGGACCCGCAGGAGCGGCCCACCUCCGUGGAGCUUCUCAACCACUCCUGGUUGCGCCGCGCGAUGCAGCGCCGCGUGUUGAUGAGUCGCAGCAACAAGUUCAGUGGCGGUGACGUAGCAGGUGGCCCUCCCAGCGCCGGUGGCAGCCCCACCGCCGCGGUCAGUGCCUCCUCCGGCCGCGCCCCCAGCGGCCGCGCCCCCUCGCGCCUCAACCUGACCGUGAGUGCCUCCUCGCCUCCGGGCCCUGGCUUCGUCCACACGGGGGCCCUUGGCGGCAGCGGCGGCGGCAGCGGCGGCGGACCGUCUGCUGUUGGGGCUGGCUGCUUCAUGGCGGGCGACGUUGCGAUCGCGGCGGCGGCGGCGGUCGUGACGGCGGCGGCUCUGCCGACACUGCCGUACUCGCACUCGCAGCCACAGCUGGUCAUGAAUAUGAGUGCUGUGGCGGGAGGUGCCUCGCAGCUGCAGUCGGGCCCGGCCAUGUCGCCGCUGCCGUCGUGCUCGAUUUCCAGCGGCACGUACCCAGACGUCGCCAUGGCGGCAGGCAGCAUGAUGAGCGACGGCCCCAGCGUGUGCGCGGGCGGCGGCGGGGCCCUCAGCGGCAGCGGCACCACCAGCGGCGGCGACGCCAGCGGCCAGAGCAGCGGCGGCGAGGAUGAUGCCAUGGAGAUUGAGCGCAUGGCGGGCGCCGGCGCGACCGUGGAUGUGUGAGGAGGUGGGGGCGCGUCCAGCCCAGAGCGGCAGCCGCGAGUUGGCAGCUAUAAUUUAGGGAUAAACAUUGUUGUUAGUACACGCUGCGCAAAUACGCGCGCGGGCCAGCCCCUAUUAAAGUAUUCACGGCACGGCAUUAAUGGUUGCGCUUGUAAGUGAGUGGCACACUGUAUGUGGGCUCUUGAGGAACUUAACCCCGAGACCAGGAGAAGACGAAAAGGCUGCGGACAUGUAAUCUAGUACGCUGUAAAGGCCUGGCGCAUCAGGCUUGGUAUAGAUUUGCUCGUUUGAAGGUUAUUUGCCUUGCACGGUGUGCGCACACGUCGGCAUUUGCUUGUUGGGGCACUUGCAGCCGCAGGCGGCCGCGUUGCCGUGGUUAACAAUGUUGAGGUGGAUGCCGUGGUUAACAAUGUUGAGGUGGAUGCUCCGCGUUGAGGCCGAGCAUGGUGCUACAGGAGCACGUCUGCGUGGAACCUGAGGGUCCAGCAUGCAGGUGGAGACGCAUUCAUGACACGCGUGCCGCAGCUUUGGCGUUGGAUUCGUCUAGGGCACGCUUCGCCUCCUGCGUGUGCGGCACGUGCCGAAGUGCAAGCAGCGUGAGUUCAGGCAGGCCAAGCGACAACGGCUUGAAGGUGUGUGAGCCACCUGCUGCACAAUGCAUACAAUUGGAUAAAGAGAAGCGCGCUUUGUAGUAGGUGUACAGCUUGAGUUGGGAGAUGCUGCUGUGGCGAACAGGCGAUUUGCCGCAAUCAUAAAAGGGUGAUGCCAGGUUCUAACAUGCUGUACAGGCACGCGGGGAGGGGGAAGGGUCGGCAGGACCGUAUUAGCAGCUUGCGCACGGUAGGGGCUUGCACCGGGCGCCGCUGCUGCUGGGAGUAAACGCGUCCAUUAUUGCAUUUGGGCAAGGGCCGCGCGUUGCAUUCUUGCGUGCUGAUGUGAAAGGCAGAGCCUCGUCUAGGGUCUGUUGGUUUAUUGGUUGUGUCGGGGUCAGAUGGAAGGCGCUGUUCCCUUGGGAGCAGGUCACACCCGCGUCAUUUGCGUGUGCGCGCGCUCGGGGGUAGGCUUGUGCGUGUGUGUUUUGUAAUGCGGAGUUUUUGGGUGUUUGCUGGGGGUUUGGUUGCCAGCCGAAGGGCAAGUGGCAAGCCUCGAGUAAUUGUUGGGCCUCGACCCUUUGUGCUACGCUGUGGCGCAAUCGGCGAGCCAUGAGUACGAUGGCAUCUGCUGCUGAGUGGUACUCUCAAGCGCAUGAGGUCUAGUUUGAGAAUCAAGGCACCGGUACCUUUGCGGCGCGGCCUGAUAUGCACAGUUGUGGUAUUUACUGUUCGUACCUUUUUUGCCCUGGACUGUUUCCUGGACUGUUUUUCCCCCUUCUAGGUGGGUUGGUUACCGUUGUGCCGCGAGUCGCUCUUAGUCAAGUACUCGUGGGUGAGCGCGUUGUUUGCGGGCUGACGGCGCAUGUUUGGCAGCGUUGCAGCUUAUGGGCACGCGUGGUUUGUGCACCGCCACUGACAGGCGCCGAAGUUGGUGGAGUAUGUUUGCUCACGGUAUUGGGUGUCGAUGGACAUGCGUGCGUGGUUUGGGUACGAACUCCCUUGUUGACGCAUUUGUGCGUCACGGAGAUGAAUCCCACAGAUUGUGAGAGGCUACCACUGUAGAGACUCCCGCACGUAUGCGCAACCCGGCGCUCAUUGCAGAGGCAUUUCCCAUUUUGUGUACGCCGGGUACUCUUGGGUGUUGCACAAUCCAGUGGGCAUCGGCCGUCUUUCCGGGCUGCUUGGUCCUGAUAGUCUGACAUGAUUCUUGUUUCGAUGUGUAUUGGUGCUGCCGUGCAUUGAGGCGUUUGGGCCAUUCAGGGGCACUUGAAACGCCGAGACCGAUUCGUAGGUGCUUGACAAGGACGAAGACAGAUGUUGGUGGCUUGUCUUACUGGUUUGGACUGGCAGUGGAUCUGGAUUUGGAUCUGGAAGGGCCGAGUGUGCAGGGGAGGUCCAAACCUGAGAGGCUGAGAGUCCUGGUGUGCAGCGAACCUUCACUCUUUGAGCUUGCACUGUUAGGACAUUCUUGCGUUCCUGCGAGUGUUGUGCUCACGACAAGAAGAUCGAUUGCGCUGCAGACAUGAAUUGCAUGAGACCAGUUGUAUGAGGCGCAAGGUAAAAGGCGCCUCCAGCAUGUUUGCCGAGUGCUUCCAUUGCAUGCAAGCCGUGCCUGUCCUGCUGUAGGUGAGCUCAACAAGGCUCUAAAUGAGUACAUACGUUGUCCUUAUAAGCGUACAGACCUGCAGGGCGCAUUGGCGCCAGCUUGCGCCGCCCGUGUCUGUGUGGGGCGCCGCAAGGGCGCCCGUGUAAUGUUGGAAGUCGGGCGCAUCCCUGCUUUCGGGCCAACGAUGCCUAGAGGCCUAGAGGGUUUGUACCCGAAGCCACCUGGCGUGCCCUUGGCGCGCCGUGGGCUGGUGAAGGCAAACAGGGGAGGCAACUUUCAAGGAGUGUGCAGAGUGUACCGAAGAGACGGUCUUUUGCCGGGGAUAGCCCGCAUAGCCGACUCUUUCGUUGGCGUAGGGGGAAUGUCGCAUUGCAAAGAAACACCUAAUGCAACUUCACCAAGGGUGA